AUGUUUGGAUGCCUGUGUGGGGCUAUACGGUGUCGUUGGCCAUCUUCUUCUUCUGGCAGCAUGUGCGGAAACUCUUCGCUGGGCCCACAAUUUGCAUUUAUUGACAGUAUUUGCAUACCACAGGGUGACGAGGUGCUGAAAGCACGAUGCAUCCGAGGAUUGGGUACCUUCCUGACAAGGUCCGAAAAGCUAGUUGUUUUGUGGUCGCCGCAAUACUUCCGUCGCUUGUGGUGUGCAUAUGAGACGGGGUUCUUCUUGCGGGAGAAGGGCGACGUCAAAAAGAUUCAGUUCGUGCCCGUCCAGAUCGGACGCAUUUGUGCAUGUCUCUUCAUAGGGGUGCUGCUCUUCCAAGGGACGAUGUAUGCGGUAGUGUGGGGGGGCAGAGAGUGGGAUGCAAUGCAGGCGACGGGCAUCAUGGCUCCUGCGCUGGUGCUGCAGACAAUUCUCUUAUUCCCAGUUCUGCAAUACACCAUGACCGCCAUGCUCAAGGAUCUGUCGCAGCUGCCGAGACAGGUCAGCGAGUUUCGCGUGCAGGACUCUGAAUGCACGUGUUGCACACAGCAGCACGUUCACCCUGUGACACAUGCACCCAUUGCCUGUGACCGCGAGCUGAUCUACAAAUCUCUACGCAGUACUUUCGGGCCUUCCGUCGAGAAGAUGGAGGAGGAAGCAGCGCUUGAUGCAUUCAACGGCUACGUGCGGGAGACGCUCGCUCAUGCCAUCAACCGAAGCUUCAGGCAUCACACCAUGAUUUUGAGGCAAGCACUUGUGACCUGUGCCACCGCCUGCGGCCCGUGGGCAUCCUCGAACUUGGCCAGGGCUGGUGAGUCAACAUCCUCAGAAGACAUGCUUCGAUGGCUUGCAGGAUUCAUCUACAUCAACCUCGGGCUCCUUUGCCUGAUGCGGAUCGCUUUGCUUAUCGGUAAUUUCGGCGUGUUUCGGAUGGAGAAGUACUCCCAACCGGUUGUCGUCUUGAGUCAGGUGGUGAUGCUUACCUUCAGUGCGGCUGCGAUACUUUUGCCCUGGCCCGUGGCCUGGGUUCUGUCUGUUUCCGGUUACCCUUGGAUUGCGAGCACUGUUUUGGCUGCAAUGCUGUGCAUGAGCGGCUGUUUCCUUUGGCCGGCUUUCAGUGCCCCAGCUGGUAUGCAUGCUUUGCAGCCCGAUCUGCCAAGCACAACCUAUGGAAGUGAGACCGGGUCAGGUCGUGACGAUGACGAAGGGUCAACCUUCGAGAUUUAG